UUCUCUCUUCACAUAAUCGAUUCCUCCCUCUAUUUGAGCACCUCCAGUCUCCAUCCCCUCUCAACAGUGUGCCGGCUCGAGGUAAAACACAUCCCAGAAUGCCCGUCAUCUUGUCUAGGCUACUCGUAACAGGACAUUUCUGCUGAUGCGGUAAUGUCUGAAAAUGGUAAGGGUUCACUUAUUGCCCCUUAAUGUAUCUCCCCCCUGAAUGGCAGAAUAAUACUUUCUCCUGCGGUAUAAGCUGUUCAGUCCGAAGUGCCCAACCGCACAAGCGGCUACAGACGUUGCUGUUUACAGUGACUUUUUCUCCGUUUUUUCCAUCUUCACGUUUCUCCUCCGACUCCCGCGUGAUUUUACAUCGAAUGUGAAGAAGAGACGACUGGAUCAAGAUGUAGACAAAUAAGACAUUUAAGUUAUCCGAGACGAACGGCUCAGACAGUGAUGCCUUGAGAGUUUUAGCCUACCAGGGCGAUCUGACGCUGCACAGAGGAAAGCUCCAAUGUGUCGCGGUGGGGUGCAACGUAAAGUGUUAAUGUAUUAACACAUGACAACAACUCUCCGGAUGUCCAGGAUGUCCUAGCGUUGAAUGACUGUGCUGAGUCGCGGACAAGACGCAUUCCGUCAGGAUUCCUUCACGAUCAUCCUGAGAGGCAGCAGCAGCAGCAGCAGCGGAGAGCAGCAAUGGUUGAGUCAGCCAGAACCGCAGUGGAGCCGCACUGAGGCAAAGCAAGUUAUACCCCCCCUGUCUGGGGACUAGCACAAGAAAUAGGGGGAGAAGAAGAAGAGAGGAGAAGGAAAUUGUAUUCUGCCAAAACCCGAAUGCCGCCUGUUCAAUCAGAUUAACCAGAUAACAGGAAUUCCACAACUCCUGCUGCAACAGAGCUCCCGAAUUCGAGCUACAAGAUGACCGUAGUGGCAGGAGAUAACAUGGACGAGACCGUGGCAGUGCCGGGGCACCCGCAGGACUCGUACCCCCCCGACCACGAAGACCACGACUGCUGCGAGAGGGUGGUCAUCAACAUAGCAGGGAUGCGGUUCGAGACACAACUCAAAACUCUCUCCCAGUUCCCCGAGACAUUGCUAGGCAACCCCAAGAAGAGGAUGCGCUACUUUGACCACCUGAGAAACGAGUAUUUCUUUGAUAGAAACCGUCCCAGUUUCGAUGCCAUCCUCUACUAUUACCAGUCCGGCGGUAGGCUGAGAAGGCCCGUCAACGUCCCGUUGGACAUGUUCUCCGAAGAGAUCAAGUUUUAUGAGUUGGGAGUGGAUGCCAUGGAGAAAUUCCGUGAGGACGAGGGCUUCGUUAGGGAGGAAGAACGUCCUUUACCUGAGAAGGAAUUCCAGCGUCAGAUCUGGCUGCUUUUUGAGCACCCAGAGAGCUCCGGUCCAGCCAGAGGGAUUGCUAUAGUAUCUGUUAUGGUCAUUCUGAUUUCUAUAGUCAUCUUUUGUUUAGAGACUUUACCUGACUUGAAAGAAGACCCUAGGGGUCGGUUUAAGACUGUAGGGAACCAUACUUUUUUCUACAAACCAAACAUCCUAACCGAUCCCUUCUUCAUUAUUGAAACUCUUUGCAUUAUCUGGUUCUCGUUUGAGUUGUUGGUGCGUUUUUUUGCGUGUCCAAGUAAGGCGGUCUUCUCCAAAAACAUGAUGAACAUUAUUGAUAUAGUGGCCAUCAUUCCUUACUUCAUCACACUGGGAACGGAGCUGGCUGAGGACCCCGAAGACCAGGACGAGGGCAUGGGGGAGCAGGCAACAUCUCUGGCCAUCCUCAGGGUGAUCCGUUUGGUCAGAGUGUUUAGAAUCUUCAAGCUGUCACGACACUCCAAAGGAUUGCAGAUCCUGGGACAGACCCUCAAGGCCAGUAUGCGCGAGCUCGGAUUGCUGAUCUUCUUCCUCUUCAUUGGAGUCAUCCUGUUCUCCAGCGCGGUGUAUUUCGCAGAGGCCGAGGAGAAAGGGUCGCACUUCGGCAGCAUCCCAGAAGCCUUCUGGUGGGCCGUGGUAUCUAUGACAACUGUGGGCUAUGGGGACAUGGUGCCUGUCACUAUAGGGGGUAAGAUAGUGGGCUCCCUUUGUGCCAUAGCUGGUGUGUUGACGAUUGCGCUCCCAGUGCCUGUCAUUGUGUCCAACUUCAACUACUUCUACCACAGGGAGACCGAGGGAGAGGAGCAGGCCCAACUCUUAAACGUUAGUGAACCAAACAUUAGUGAAAGCAAUUCUAGUCGCCGUAGCUCAUCCACUGUCAGCAAAUCAGAGUACAUGGAGAUUGAUGGAGAUAUAAAUAAUAGCAUCGACAAUUUUAGAGAGGCAAACCUCAGAACUGGCAAUUGCACUAUAGCCAACCAAAACUGUGUAAAUAAAAGCAAGCUGCUCACAGAUGUGUAGAAUUAGACACCACGGGACUUAAAUGAUGCCGUCACAUGUUAACUGCACUAGACCAUCAGGUCUGAAAGCUUCAUUCGCCUCCUAUAAGCGUUCUAGCAUUACAACAACAACCAUGCGCAGCAAUUUGAAAGUAAUUAUUACAGGGAGAAAAAAGAAAAUGAAGCUGUUACUAGAGAAUAUAACACAUAGAUAGAGUAAAUUCAUUAUUCUAAAAUGAUCCUUUAAAUAAGUAUUGAAAAAGAAAAAAGAAACAACUUCUAUUUAACAAGCAAAUGCGGGCGUCCUUGGAGGAACACUAAUCAACAGCACUCACGAGGACAUAUCUGUCUUUAUCAGACGAAGCCAGGCGUCGUAAUUAAAAUGUAAUGCAUGGAUUACAGAUAACAUUUCAGCAAGUUGCACAAUGCAUCAAGGAGAAAAUGCAUCAGAAAUAUGCUCUGCUGCCUGCAGAGAGAGAGAGAGAGAGAGAGGGACGCAAGUCAGCAUCUGUAGCAGUCAGGCAGUGGUUGGAUCGAGCGACGCCUCGCCCGAAGUCAGAGAGGCUACUCCUCUACCCCUCUGUCAUCAAAGGAUUUACUAUCCAGCAAAGCGCCCAGGAAAAAGACUGAUCGCUGAUCUCCUGGGUUGGAUGAUGACGAGGAGGAUCUAGGAUACGGACAUCCGCAAUGCUGCUAUUUUCCAGCAGUAAGAUGCUGUAAUUAUGAUAUCACUAAGUGAUUCAAUGGGAUUUUAGCCCUUUAAAUGCAAGACAGCACAAUUAUAUAACAAAAGAGCUUCACAUGAGCAUGUUUAGAAACUCUCCAUACAUGUUGAUAUUGGCAUGCGUGUUGAUGAGACAUAACCUCAUAAUAAUGGAGAAAAACAUAUUUUGGAUAUUUGCAUCCCCCUUAUGCCUUCAUUCGAUUCUUCCACCCAUUUAUGCUUUUGUUUCACUGAGAGUGCAGUACUGGUUUCAAAUAGGUUUUUCAUUUCAAAAUGCUAAUCGUUUAGAAGUAUCUAGGGAGUGAAUGUUAAAAAUCGUAAGGGAAACAGUAACUAAACUAAGAUCAUAGCAUGAGAAAAAUCAACCUGCAUUACGGCCUAUCGACUAGAUACUGUGUAUACUAGUAUAUCUAAUGCAUGACGUCAGUAUUCAGCUUGUUGCAGUUACAGACACUGAAUAGUGUCUCAUACUGUCAUGGAAACGAAACGUGGGUCAUUUAAAAAGAAACGUUUCUGAAAUGUGACAAAAUACAGUAUAUCCAAACCCAACUCCGGGGUUCAGACUUAAAACGUUCUCGAUCAAAGAAGCAGAAUAAAUACCUAUUAUCAAAAAUGCAUAUUCUCCUAAAUACGCACCAAGUAUUACAGUAUUACUUCAAUAGUGCAGUGCAUGGACCUUCUUUGAACAAAGAAAAAGUAAACAUAUUAUGAGUCAUGUCUUCCAUUUCACCACUAAAUUUAGGGACGUUUGUUUAUUUUCACAAACAAAACAAUCGAAAUAGCUCUAAUUUGAAUGAAAUUAGCGUUUGUUUAAUAAAUAUUGCAAAUCAUUAUUUUGCACUUUAGUUGCUAGUGCCUUUACCCCUCUCACCAUGCAACAGGUUCAGUGAAAGUGCCUCUGUGUAUAUAGCCUACAACAUAAAUACAUGUUGAACAGAUCAGGUGCAGAAGAUCUUGUUUCCGCAAUAUGCUGUUAUUAAUGCUGUUAUUAAUGCUGUUAUUGAUGUGGAUGAUGAUGAUGGUUAUUAAUACAGUGAGAGAAUGUUCAGUGAAAACAACCAUGGAAGUCCAUUACCAACAUGACCCAGGAUUGACUUUACCCAAGAUUCUAGAACAAGAUUCUAGAACAACUCAACAUUGUUGUCCUCAUGAUGCACUUCUGCUCUUCCUGGAACCAGCCAUCCUCCUGUGCUUUAUGUUUCUUCAGCCAUGCACCACUUCAAAUCCAAAGGGAAUAUCCAUUGCUUUGCAUUUGCUUUGCAUUGCAUUGUUGCUAUUGAUUUAUGUGCCAUAAGUCUUGCGUGUCUACCUCAGUGAGGUUACUGCAGAACUCACUGCAGAACUGAAGCCAGACUCCUAGCCAGGCAGAGCUGCAAAGCAGGCUAUAUCGAUGCAGAGCAGAGCUUACUUCUUCCACAACAUGAAAAAUGGCCUUUUAGUGGACUAGGCUGUGGUCAUCAGGGCCUGCACUUACAAAGUGCCUCAGAGUAGGAGCGCAGAUCUAAGAUCAGGUCUCCCAAUGUCCAUGUAAUCUUAUUCAUUCUGAUCUAAAAGGCUAAUAUGAUCCUAGAGCUGCGCUCCUACUCUGAGACACUUUGUGAUUACAGGCCCAGAUGCUGAAUUGUUAGAAGCACUUAAAAUAUACUCUAGCACCCUUAACCCUAUCCCUUUUCCUUCCAAGCUAUGCAUAAUCAAAAAAGAAAAGAAACACAAAUUUCUAUACAGAUGUAGGAUCUUAAUUUGAUCCAUCUUUUGUUAAUGAUAAUUUUCCUGCAUGGCAGGAAAUGCAAACUUGUGGUGUAUUCAAGGUUUAAAAAGGCUUUUAAAGUUUGUAAUUUCUGCUUUAAAAAUGUCAGAUUUGAUUUGCCCUAAUGUAAAAUGUAUCAACCCUUACAAAAAAUGCCAAUUAAUUAUAAUCCACAUUUCUUGUUGCUGCAAAAUUAUUUCCUGCUGUAGAAAACUAGCUCAAAUUAAGAUCCUGCAUCUGUAGUAGCAGAGUAGACCAGAGCAUAAUGAUAUAGACUGGCUGAUUCUCGAAAAAACAUGUUAAUACAAGUGGUUUGGUUUCAAAUCAAAUCAAAUUGUAUUGGUCACGUACACAUAUUUAACAAACGUUAUCGCAGGUGCAGCGAAAUGUUUAUGUUUCUAUCGCCAACAGUGCAAUAUUACCUAGCAAUGGUGUGUAUAGACAGUAUGGACAGUAUAUGAAUAGAAAAGGUGUGUACAGCAGUAGUUAUACAGAAUGGUGUGUACAGACAUGAUUAAAGUGACCAGUGUUCCAUGACUAUGUAGAUAGGGCAGCAGUUUCUGAGGUGCAGGGUAACCAUUUGGAUUAUUUGGUGUGACAGUUGAGAAGCAAUGCAGGUUUGAUACUAUUACGCAGUGGUGGAAAAAGUACCCAGUACCCUACUUGAGUAAAAGUCAAGGAACCUUAAAAGGAACUUACUCAUGCAAAAGUGAAAGUCACCCAGUAAAAUAAUACUUGAGUAAAAGUCAAAAACUAUUUGGUUAUAGUAUCAAAAGUAAAAGUAUAAAUAAUUUAAAAUUACUUAUAUUAAGCAAACCAGAUGGCACAAUUGUUCAUGUUUUUUUUUAAAUGUACAGAUAGCCAGGGGCACUGUCCAACACUCAGACAUCAUUCAGAAACAAAGCAUUUGUGUUUAGUGAUUUCGCCAGGUCAAAGGCAGUAGAGAUGACCAGGGAUGUUCCCUUAAGAAGUACGUGAAUUGGACCAUUUCUGUCCUGCUAAGCAUUUAAAAUGUAACGAGUACUUUUGGGUGUCAGGGAAAAUGUAUGUAAAAAAGUACAUCAUUUUCUUUAGGAAUGUAGUGAAGUUAAAGUAAAAGUAGUCCAAAAAUAUAAAUAGUAAAAUAAAGUACAGAUACCCCCCCAAAAAAAACAACUUAAGUAGUACUUUACACCACUGCUAUGACGUCAUAGAACUAUCCUGUCUAAUUAUAUCUGUGAUUGCCUGAAAAGUGUGCCACACUUCAUUGAUGAGAAAUGCCCAUUCUAGUAAUUAUAUUUCUGUGUGUAUCUGUCGCAGAAGGACAAUGAAGUACCCAGGGAGUUUUAAGUCAAAAUAUUUUUUUUUUACACCCUGGGCAUUAUAAGCAAAUUAUAAAAGGCUCCACAGUCUUUGCUAGUUCAAUUUGCUCAAUAUCUACAUAUUGUAUUUCAUCAUUGUGUCUUCCAGCUUUCAGCAAAGCUUACUAAUGCUUUGUGAAUGCUGUCAUGUUGUUUAAGCAACAUUUUGGCUGUCAUAAUCCAAAUCCAUUUAGAAUCAAGGCAUGACACUGGUAUCACUCCAGGAAAUGUUUGUGCCACUGAAGUCGAGGGAUGACACACAACAGACGUAAUGACGCCCACACAUCAACAUAGCUAAAGAUGUAUGACUGGAUGUUACCUGGAGGAAAAGGACUGGACCGUGUUUCCUUUCGGGUCUCCACGACAGUGUGACAAGGUUCUUAGCGGACUAACAGCAAGCUGGCAAAGCAGGCUAAUGUACACAUUGUUUGAAUAAAACAGGCUAAUGUACACAUUGUUUGGUAAAGCAGGUUAAUGUACACAUUGUUUGGUAAAGCAGGCUAAUGUACACAUUGUUUGGUUAAGCAGGCUAAUGUACACAUUGUUUGGUUAAGCAGGCUAAUGUACACAUUGUUUGGUAAAGCAGGCUAAUGUACACAUUGUUUGGUUAAGCAGGCUAAUGUACACAUUGUUUGGUAAAGCAGGCUAAUGUACACAUUGUUUGGUAAAGCAGGCUAAUGUACACAUUGUUUGGUUAAGCAGGCUAAUGUACACAUUGUUUGAUAAAGCAGGCUAAUGUACACAUUGUUUGGUUAAGCAGGCUAAUGUACACAUUGUUUGGUAAAGCAGGCUAAUGUACACAUUGUUUGGUAAAGCAGGCUAAUGUACACAUUGUUUGGUAAAGCAGGCUAAUGUACACAUUGUUUGGUAAAGCAGGCUAAUUUACACAUUGUUUGGUAAAGCAGGCUAAUUUACACAUUGUUUGGCGAAAAGGCCGCACACGUAGAAUGUGUCUGUCUAGCAGAGAGCCUUCGUAGAUGUCACUUCAGGUCACUCAUCAGUUCAAUAUAUACAAUAAGUGUUACUUCUGAGUCAGGGAUUUUCAGGGUUUCUGACCAAGAGAAUGUCAUCACGUCUUAAGAACAGACACGGAAUCUCCCAGAUACAGCCAAUACAAAGUGUCUAUCGCAUCUCAAGUUUCAGGUGUCAAUGUUUAUCUGCCGCUUUGACAAGAUACAACCACUGUAAAACAGUAUAGUAAAAUUCUCACCUUGAGAGCAAUUUCCCAAUAACACAGUGAUAAUAAUAAUAGAUACAGUAGAUUCUAAUAGAAUGAAACAUUUAAAUAAUAAUCCACACAAGAACUACGAUGUGAGUUAAAGAAACAAGAGAAUGCAAGUAUAUACAUGCCAAUGCCAAUACCUUAUUCAAUGUGCAGGGGUACUGGAGUGGUUGAAGUGGGUUUAUACAUAAAAAGUAUAUCUACCAUGUACAGUAGCUAGCUGACCAUCAGGUAAAUGAUGUGUUUUUACCAUAUGUGGUUUCUCUUAUGGCCCAGAAUAGUGGUUGGACAAAAUAUAUCCUGUUCCACCAAAUACCCAUGAUGCAACAGUUCACAGUGAGGUUGAGGGCCGUCUCUAGUUACCCCAGCCACAUAGUCAUAAGUAUGGCUAAACCUUUGAAUUUGUGGCUGUGGUAGCUAGUGACAUGCAAGUUUGAGGGAACCCAUGCGAAACCCCUCACGUCACAAUACCUGUACAUCCAGGGCAAUCUAUGCAUGGUGCUAUGCAUUUAACUGUUCUAUAAAACAUAUUUUAAAACAAUGCAUUCUUAUAGCAAUAUAAUUACAGGUACCUGUUUCUUAGAAACUUUUGUAAAAUAAGAUAUUAAUUAAUCUAUUUUAAAAAGAUAUGGAGAAGACAGAUGGUCUUGAUCUCUUUACCGAUAUUUACAACAUGGCUGUCUGUGUAUGUUGUUUGUAUUCUUUGAUUUCAUGAAGGUCAGUGGGGUUAAAGGUUAAACACCAAAGUUAACAUCUGGGUCAUGUUCAUUAAGGAAAACAUUUUUAAAACAAGAACAUUUUGAGUUUCUUAUUGGACAGAGAGUCAAUCCCCAGUCAAUCUCCCCAUUUCACUUCAGUUGAGAGCGGUUUAUUUUAUUUGGUGUCUAAUGAACAUGACCCUGUCCUAACACUAAGCAUAGAAAACCUAUGAAAUGGCCAAAUAUAGGUAUUGUACAGUGGCCAUCCAAUCCCCGUCGACCUCAUAGGUUUACCUGGAGUAGUUUUCCAGUGAGGACGUUGUGUUGACAAACACAGCAAAGUAGCCGGUAGCACCCUCCCACAGGAUUGAAGGGCUGUGUAUUUAGUGUGAAUUUAGUGUGAACGAGAGUCUGAGAUGGUGCCUAUGUAGGUUUGUUUGCAAUUCAAAAGAAAAACGAGUGAGGUCUAUUAAAAAUACCAUUCAGAGAAACUCAAGUAAAAGUAAACUAUAUCUAAAACGAAGAAAGAAACACUGUCAAAUGGAGUAUUGCGAGCAACAUGUCAAAACCAAUGAUAUCUAUGUUUUUUAUUGUGCAUCUUAUUUUUUUGUUUUCUUUGUCACUAUACUACGAUUGGUUCCCACUGGGCACAGACGUCAGUCAAUUCAAGGUCACUUCUACAUUGGUUCAAAGUCAUUUCAUUGAAAUGACGUGGAAACAAUGAUAAUUUUAGGAAGAACAUGACAGAAUAUGCUGAAAUAUCAAAGACAAUAAUAAUGUGUUCCUUUGCCAAGCCAUGAUGAUUAAACUGAAGUACUAUUGUUAUCAAUUUACUGUACUGACAAUUUACUGCACUGACAAUUCACUAUACUGUCAAUUUACUGUACUGACAAUUUACUGUACUUACAAUUCACUAUACUGUCAAUUUACUGUACUGUCAAUUUACUGUACUGACAAUUCACUAUACUGUCAAUUCACUGCACUGUCAAUUUACUGUACUGACAAUUUACUGUACUGACAAUUCACUAUACUGUCAAUUUACUGUACUGUCAAUUUACUGUAUUGACAAUUUUCUGUACUGUCAAUUUACCGUACUGACAAUUUAUCGUACUGACAAUUCACUAUACUGUCAAUUUACUGUACUGACAAUUCACUAUACUGUGAAUUUACUGUACUGUCAAUUUACUGUACUGACAAUUCACUGCACUGACAAUUCACUAUACUGUCAAUUUACUGUAGUGUCAAUUUACCGUACUGACAAUUUACCGUACUGACAAUUCACUAUACUGUCAAUUUACUGUACUGACAAUUCACUAUACUGUGAAUUUACUGUACUGUCAAUUUACUGUACUGACAAUUCACUGCACUGACAAUUCACUAUACUGUCAAUUUACUGUACUGUCAAUUUACCGUACUGACAAUUUACCGUACUGACAAUUCACUAUACUGUCAAUUUACUGUACUGACAAUUCACUAUACUGUGAAUUUACUGUACUGUCAAUUUACUGUACUGACAAUUCACUGCACUGACAAUUUACUGUACUGUCAAUUUACUGUACUGUCAAUUUACUGUACUGACAAUUUACUAUACUGUCAAUUUACUGUACUGUCAAUUUACUGUACUGUCAAUUUACUGUACUGUCAAUUUAUUGUACUGACAAUUUACUGUACUGACAAUUUACUGUACUGACAAUUUACUGUACUGUCAAUUUACUGUACUGACAAUUCACUGUACCGGACAACAAACAACUGUUAGCAUCAAGAUGUAUGGAUAGUCUUUUUAUUUAAUUUAAAGAAACAUGGGAAAACCCAUCCAAACAAACCACACCAUUUAAGAGAGUUUCCAAACUCCCAUCACUGAAAACCAACCAAUAGAUAAUGAAUACAUAUCUCUAUGGCAACCAAAAACUGCAUGGUUAACAGAAGACUGCAUGAGCUUAAAAACCUUUUCAAACUGUAGAUCAAUUAUAAUAGCGGUUGCAUCUUUUAAAGAAAACCCUUGCUUUCAUCUAAACCAAAGGCUUCUAUAUCAAACAUUUUCCUUUAUUUUGAAUGUAUUUUAGACAUUUUUUACUGUAUGCUAAAGAAACGUUUUCAUCUCAGACCAGACGUGCGUUCUGAUUGGUGCUUGCUACAGUAUGGCAACACUAUGUACUGAAUCUGAUCAGUUCUGAUGUAAGUAUUAACAUCACUCCAUGUUCAAACUAGCCUGGUCUCAGAUCUGUUUGCGCUGUCUUGCCAACUAUAUGCUCAUUGUCAGGCCAAACACGGCAAUUACCAAUGACAACAAUCAUAGGAGUUGGCUAUACAGCACAAACAAACCUGUGACCAGGCUAUACGUUCAAACCUCUCUUUACUAACAUGCUGAGCGAGCGAGUGCGAGCGUUACAAAAUAAAUGUACACAUACAUGUUAUUCAAUCAUUGCAGACACACUGCAGAUGCGCGUCAACGAGCGUCUGCGUAGCCAGGCGCUAAAAUAGAUCUUGGUUCCAUUUGUGACGUUUUGACGCGCUGCAAGUCCCGCCUCUACCAUCUUGUCAUUGGUAUUUAGGAUCAUAUACCCACGUGGGUGAUUGAAAGAUGAACUGAGGUCCACACUCCAGUCGGUGGUGGUAAUGCACCUUAAAGUUGGUUGCCAACCCCCAUAUAAAGUCCAAAGAAGAAUAAGAAGCCUGAAGGAGGAGAGAUUGUUUCUACUAAACUCGGUUGACCGUUUUAUCUGUGGAUCCAUUGUCUGAGUAGAGGACCUUGUGCAUUUCAGGUAAAAUAACAACCAAAUGUUUAUAUCCCAGGACAAAUGAUCUAGCAACAGCAAGCUAGCUAAAUUGGCAUAUAUGUUUAAUGCUUUUCGACAUGUCUCCAAAAAUGAUGUCGUUGGUUCAGAAUUCGUUUUGAUAUUUCAACCUGCGUGUCCUGAGGCACGCGCCCGUUCUCAUCAGCGUGUUAGAAUGGUGAUGAGAGGUGACUAGUUCCUGUUUGAUGACAGUUCUCUUACCGUCUGUCCGUCAGACAUUAUUUGUGUCUGAAAUGGCACCCUAUUCCCUCUAUAGUGCACUACUUUUCAAAAGUAGGUCAAAAGUAGUGCACUAGUCCUAUGGCCCCUGGUGGUUAAAAGUAGUGCACUAGAGUCCUAUGGCCCCUGGUGAUCAAGGGUGCCUUUUAGCAUGCUACCACUGUGCAUCUAUAUAAGAAAUGUGAUCCUAUAAGAUAUCUAUAACAACCGAUAGAAAACCUAUUGGACGCUAUGGGAAUGUGACCGAGCAUCUCAGAGACAAGAGAGACUGUUAACUCCUGGGGUUUGACUGUUAACUCCCGGGGUUUGACUGUUAACUCCCGGGGUUUGACUGUUAACUCCCGGGGUUUGACUGUUAACUCCCGGGGUUUGACUGUUAACUCCCGGGGUUUGACUGUUAACUCCCGGGGUUUGACUGUUAACUCCCGGGGUUCAAAAUCCAACCCAAUGUUAUUUGUCACAUGCUUGGUAAACAACAGCUGUAGACUAACAGUGAAGUGCUUGGUAAACAACAGCUGUAGACUAACAGUGAAGUGCUUCCUGAUGGGCCCUUCACAAACAAUACAGAGAGAAACAUAGAAAACAUUAUAGAAAGAUAAUAUUAUAGAUACAUAAAAAUGUUUUGUCUAGAUCAGGUAUGUUUGUCAUGUAGAACUGAGUCCUGUCAGAUCUACUCGUUAUAUUUCUACCUGAAAUGUUGUCAACGUUUAACCUCAUCGAAUACACUCCUGCUCUUUAUAUUUGUAUUAUAAGUCAUCCAUUUGCCUACUUUCCAAUGUUUGUCAUUUUAUCACGUUGUAUAUUGAGGAUUACACUAUGAUAUGUUGGGCUUGUCAGACGUCAGAGGAAAAACAUGGUCUGUGAUAUAUGCAAGGGUAUUUAUUUUCUAACUUAUGUCACACUGUAUGACUUCAUCGUUCAUCAAAUUCAAUAAAUGCUAA